GUGAGUUCCAGCUUCUAUCAGACCCACUAAACACCUGCUACCAGCAUCAUGAUUGUCUUCAGCUUCAUCAGCAUACUGUUGCUCGCAGCAACACAUUUGUCCAUAGAAGCAUUUUCUGCAGAAACACCUAGAAGAUCUGAAGGCAAAGACAGUGCUGAACGUCAGAGAAAUGGAUACUGCCUUAUGUGCCCUCCUGAUUGGAUCCAGUUUGAAAGAAACUGUUACAAGUUCAACUUCAGCAGGCUGGACUGGGCUGAUUCAGAGCGCGCUUGCACUGGUAUUGGUGCAAACCUGGCUUCGGUCCAUACCAAAGAAGAAUACGACUUCCUCAGAGACACCAUUCACCAAGUGACUGGCCAGCAUACUACAGCUUGGCUUGGAGGAUAUGAUGCAACAAAGGAGGGUGUGUGGCUGUGGAGUGAUGGUUCCCAUUUUGACUUCAGAUACUGGGGUCCAGGGGAGCCCAACAACGUUGAAAAGGGAACAGAGCACUGCAUGCAGAUGAACUUUAGAGGACUCAAUUAUGUCAACGAUAUCCCCUGUAAUUUCCUGUUAGCUUCCAUUUGCAAGAAGCGCAUGGAACAGUGCGUGUGCUUUCGCUGACGACAUGAGGAUGAUAUUUCCACCAGUCUGUCGCCUGUACCAGAAUGUAAAACCUCAACGAUACUGCUGAUAUCAGACUGAAUGGCAACUCUGAUUAAAUGUAUGUUCAAUCAAAAA